AUGCAUCCACAGUUGGACAAGAAUAGAUUCGAUCCCUGCGAAAAGCUCAUGGACGCUUUGGAAGAAUGCCAUCGUCAAGAAUUCCUUAAGCAGUGUUUGGGAAUGUGCAACUUUGAGAAGGACGAGUUGUCCAAGUGCUUGCACUAUACCAGAGUGGAAGACGCCAAGACUAGAAUAAGAGAAAGUAGAGAGAGAAAUAAGAAGUUUGAGAUGAAAAGAAAGCAAAACGAAGAAGAAAUAUAUGGAAAGAAUGGCUAUUUGAAGAAGAUGAUCCAGAAGGAAGCAGAAGCCAAGUUGAAGGAACAAAACAAGAACUGA